AGACGGUCGGACUGUGGCAUGCUGGGAAAAGAGACCUAUUUCAGAGGUGUCCAGAAAUGAAGUUCAGCCUCUAAUUAAAGACUGUUGCGAUAAGCGAAGUGCAUGAAAACGCAUUAUUGAAAAUGUCGGCGUUGUAUCUGAAAGCUAAAUGAAGGUAACACUAGAGGAUCAUGGAGCCUGACAUCGUCCGCAUGUACUCCUCCUCUCCGCCUCCUCUGGAUGAGGAUGGAGAGGAGGAAGAUGAAGACGACUUUGGUGAGUUCGGAGGGUACUGCUGCGGCGUGUCCUCCAGUUUGAGCUUCUCUGAAUAUGACAUGCCGUCCACUUUUGAUCAGUCGUGUGAGGCGGAUUCCUCGCCUUCUGAUGUACACAGCAGCACGUUCAUACAGAGGGCCGAUCAGCCAGGGAAAGACUCUGCAGUUAAAGAAUUGGAAAAAAUAACCAAGGACCUGGAAACUGCUGAAUGUGAGAAUGAUGUCGACUGUGGGAAUAAAAAAGUGGAGGUAUUAAAAGUCCUCCCCAAUGGUCCUUUAUCCCCUACCUCACAGAAGGAGCUCUCGCUUGUCUUAAAUGUAGAGAAGCAAAGCACUUUCAAGCUUCAGGAUUUCAAAGCCGGUGGCAAAGAUGAGCCAAAUGACAUCCCAAACACAGAUCAAGUGGGGCACUGCCUUAGUAAUGGACCCAUCACAAUUUGCACUGAUGAAGAUCUAGAGAAGCUUACAGAAACAAGCACUAACAGCACUGAAGCUGUUCUAGCUAGAGCAGAGGAUUCCAGUACAGAAACUAACCAAGCUGCUAGAGCAAAUGGUUCAGACGAUUCUGAUCAUUCAUUGAGGAAUAACAUCUCCCAGAGCAAUGCGUCUGAGACUAGAAACACUCUAGCAGGAGACACUCGAUUCCCUGAAGUGGCAGGUGAGAAUCAGCGCAACAAGGAAAAGCUGGAGAUUGAACAAAUGGAAGAAGAUCCACGUUCUAGUCUUGGUGGACUUCCCAUUGCUUCUGGAAUAAAGAUUCAGAAUGUCUCUGGAGAUCUUGGAGACGUUGCUGGUACAUCUCUGACACCGGUGGUGGAAAACAUUCCAAAGUCUGAUGCACAGUUUAAGGAAAACGUUGAGGACUGUAACAUAAAUAAUGCAAGUCUAGAAGCUAGAAGAUCCCUUGUGGUUCCUGGAAGAGUAGAACUGGAAGAAUUGUGUUUGACUGUGGUUGACCCACCCGUGGGGAUUGUCCAUGGUCUGAGGGCAGAUCCCGGUAUAAGGGAAGUGAAAAAAAUCCAAAUUGGGUCAUCAAUUGAAUCAGACGAGGACUUUGGAGAUUUCAGGGAUGCCACUCAGGGUUUUCCAGAUAUCAGCCAGACCGAGUCCUUAAGUCAGGAGGGAUUUGCUGAUUUUGUGACUGCACUAUCGGACUGCUCCUCGCACGAUGAGUUUGCAGAUGCAGACACUCUGAAGGACUUGAAGGAGGAAGAAGAACUUGCUACAGAAGAUAAAGAUGAGGAUAAUGAUACUAGUGACACUAAUUAUCAUGAACAAAUGUGCUCAGAACUGCCCCCAAGUGAUAGCUUUGCAGACUUUAGUUCAGCUCCAUUUGGAGGGGAAAACUGGGCAGAGUUUGGGGAGCAGGAGGAGCAAGAGGUACAGCAGGAAUCGUGGGCGGCAUUUGACGAGGAAGAGCAAAGUAGUACUGCAACAGUACCCUCUAGCGAUAGCCUCCAGAGUGACAGUGUUCUGUGUGGGUUGAGUCACAAACUGCAGCAUCUUUUUGAAAGCACUUUCCCUUUGGAGAGCACUUCAGAGGACUCCGAUGUACAGACCCUGCAGGUCCUUCUGGAGCCCCAAGACCAUGCCGAGAUCAGGGAACCUGUAGCCAUGUGGCGCCACCUGUUGGACAUCCACAACACUCACGGCCUCAAGGUUCAAUGGGUCGGCUCACACAGCAACAGAAUUCUGCUGGACUGCCUGGGAAUCUACAACAUAUUGUUUACUGGUCAGAACAAGCAGCCUGUUAUCGUACCCAUGUUUGCUGCAGGACUGGGAAUGCUUGAACCUACCAAAGAGCCUGUGAAACAUUUGUCCAUCUUUUCUUCAUCUUCGCCAGGUCAGGGGAGAUCUGCUCUAUGCACUCAGCAGGGGGUGUCCUCGUUAAGCCUCGAAGACGACGGUACGUCUCAGCGCCGAGCUUCUUUCUCUCACCAGGGGGUGCAGUUGCGCAACUCAACCUUGAUUUCUUUGGGCCAGCGGAGGAGUGUAGCUCAGACAGUGACAGUGAUGCACCGAUGCCAGGUCAGAUGACAAACACUUUCAAGCAACACACACUGGCAUGACCUACUGUAUACACUAGGGGCGAUAAUGACAAUGUCACAGUAUAACACGAUUGUAAAUCUUGCAUCUAGUGCAAAUUUUCUAUUGAUAUAAUAAAAAAAAUCAACAAUACUACCACUUUUACUUCUAGUAUUUAUUUUUAUUUCAUGCUCUUAUUAAUUUAAUAUAAUAAAGUCACAAAAGGUCACUUGAUCACCAACAAACUUUAAUCUGGGUAGCCUAAGAAAAUGUGUAUUAAUGCAUUGUGGUUUUAUUAUUAUUAUUAAUAUUAUUCAAUGAUGUAGAUUUGGCAACCAUAGUCAACAUAGUCUAAUCCUGAUUGUUAUCUUAGAGCAUGAUAUAAUGUAAUAUAAUUAUUACACAACCCAACAUAAUUUAAUGAAUAAAACACAAUAUCUGUGCAGGGGAAAAUCAUUAAUCAAGAGGUGGAGCAACACGGCCUGAAACUAAGCAAAGUUCCAAUGCAUUUUAUUUGCAGCAAUCGCCAAGUAGUUAUUUAUUACGGAAAAGGGCUUUUUACAAUUUUGUUAUACAGUUUUAGACAGUGUGAAAAGCAAGAAUUUGAAUGCUUAAAUAGUACAGAAAAGGAGACCUGAAAGUUACCACUAGAUGGAAGGAUAGAUGGAUUUAUCCAUAAAUUUGUACAUUUAUAAAUAAAUUCAAUAAUUUUUUAUUUGUAUAGCGCUUUUAACAAUGAACACUGUCUGUCUCAAAGCAGCUGAUAAAGAAUGAAUCAGAAUGUAAAUCUUGAUGGAUAGAAUGAGGGAUGUAAGGUGGAUUAAUGGAUAGAUGGCUGGAUGGAAAUGUAGAUAGAUAAAUAUGUAGAUUAAAAUGGAUGGAUGGAUAGAUGGAAGGAUAAAGAGAUGGAAGGAUAGAUAGAAUAAAAUGGAUAGAUGGAAGGAUAGAUAGAUAAACAUGUAUGCGAAUAAGUAAAGAUUGAUGGACAGAUCGGGUUUGGGAUUUCGACAGCGCUGUGCUAUAGCAUACGUUUAUGUGCAUAUGUACACGCAUCCUUAGUAAAGUGCUGUGAUGUGGUGUGCAGUGAAUUCAUAUUUCACCCUUAAUUUCUUACUUCUUUUUUUUUUUUUUUUUUCUGACCUGUUGUUUGAAAUAAAGUUCCCUGUUUGUUUAUAUGUUUUUCUGCCAUUGGCGGGUUCCUCUCCUGCUCUAGAUUUUAAGAUUCGGACUU